CCAGCGAGCGAUCAUGAGAAACAGCGAAAAGGAAAUAUAACAAGUAUAAUUGACAUUGUCAAGGAAGGAAUCAGCUGAUAGAGGAAUGCCCCGCGCUAUGUCGGUAUAUAACCUUGACAUCAUAAACACUUGAUCAUGCACUCUUUCUGUGAGCAGUUAUCUGAUGACACAUAUCUUAAAGUAGGUUAGAUACACACGUUGUUUGUCAGGAAUAGUCAAGGUGGCCGGAGGUGCAACGAAGUCCAAUACUUUUCACGGGCUAGUUUAUGGCCUUGAAAACAAUACCUGAAACGAGGGUCGGGUUGUUUUGCGGUCGACAGAGCUGUGCGCAUGCUCGAUAACCUCCACCCCCAGCACAGUUAUCAGACGCUUAGAUGAUUAAAGUCGUCGCACUUCAACCGGAGUAGUAACAGUGGUGUAAGCCUGUCACUGACAUUAGCAAAAUGAGCGCAAAGGGGAAUCCGAUAGACACAGACUGCAUCACGCUGACACGCUAUGUACUUCAAGAGCAGCGAAAACACCCAGAAGCAACUGGCGACUUGACGCAGCUGCUAAAUGCCAUCCUCACCGCAGUCAAAGCAGUGUCGUCUGCUGUCCGGAAAGCUGGAAUCCAUCAGCUAUAUGGCAUAUCGGGUACAGCUAACAUCUCAGGAGACCAGGUAAAGAAACUGGAUGUUCUGGCCAAUGACCUGUUCAUCAACAUGUUGCAGUCUUCUUAUACAACCUGUCUGCUUGUGUCAGAGGAAAAUGACAAUGCAAUCGUUGUUGAAACAGAAAUGCAGGGGAAAUACAUUGUUUGCUUUGAUCCCCUUGAUGGCUCCUCAAACAUCGAUUGCCUUGUUUCUAUUGGCUCAAUAUUUGGUGUCUACAGAAAGACAAACUCUGAGCCUGUAAGUGAGAGCGAUGCUCUGCAGCCUGGCAACCAGCUGGUGGUGGCAGGUUAUGCUCUGUAUGGCAGCGCCACUAUGGUUGUCCUCACAACAGGAAAUGGUGUACAGGGAUUCACAUAUGAUCCGGCCAUUGGAGAGUUUUUACUCACAGAACCUAACAUUAAGUGCAAACCUCGAGGAAAGAUUUACUCUUUAAAUGAAGGUUAUGAACAGUAUUGGGAUGAGCCCACCAAAGAAUACGUCAAGAGCAAGAAGUUUCCUGCGUCAGGGAAACCUUAUGCUGCUCGAUACAUUGGUUCAAUGGUUGCUGAUGUACAUAGAACUCUUGUUUAUGGUGGGAUAUUUAUGUAUCCUGCAACUGUUGAGGCGCCCAAGGGCAAGCUUCGACUCUUGUAUGAAUGCAACCCAAUGGCUUUCAUCAUGGAACAGGCAGGAGGAAGAGCAAUUGAUGGCAGUCAGCGAAUUUUGGACAUACAACCAACUAAAAUUCACGAGCGAGCACCCAUUUUCAUGGGUUCUCAAGAGGAUGUAAAUGAAGUUGAAGCCAUUUACAAGAAACACAGAAAAUAAGCAAAUGAUGGGGAGACCUUUUUUUUUUUAAAUUUACAUUUGUGAGCUCCCAUGCCUUUUGUGAGUGUUGACAAGAAUGACUUUUCUCCACAAAGAUUUAAAAAUAAUGAAGUAUAGUCUUCUUUACUUUCAUGCCUGCAUUAACGUGUGUGAAUGAGAGAAAUCUGGGUUGCAUAUGAUCACUUGAUUUUGUGUGGAAUAUAUUUAGUCAGGAUUGUACUCACAUACCGGUGAGGAUUCAUCAAAAUGUUAAGAAUGAAUUACCAUGCAGAUUUUAUUGAUUUGAAGUUUAAGCUUCAAACAUUUUUAAAAAUAUUCUUUAAAUAAGAAAAAACUUGCAGGCAUCUUUUAAUCUUGGAGAGUCUACAUUAUGUGCUGAUGUGCGGACUGGUUUUUUUUUUUUGUCAUAUAAAUUUGCAAUGUGUAUGUUGUAAGUGGCUAUUAUCAUAAUAAUGCUUUUCAGAAAUGAGGGAAAACAGGGAUAGAAGAAUGAUAAUAAAUGUGAAAAAACAGACCCAUUUGGUAGAAGAUGGCAGGAAAGAAUGGAUCGAUGCCUGUGAAAUUAUUUUGUUAAAGCUAAUGCUUGUAACUGACCAACCGGUGACAAAUCAUAUUAUUGAACAAGCUUAAUGUUGUGUUCAGGCAAGUUAUAAUUAGGAGCUGAGCUCUCAAAUUAGUAAAUACUAUUUCACCAUCUUAUAUUACUUCAUGUGUUCAAAUGGGCCAUAACUUUGAUUUACUCAUGUUGAAGUUGCAUGAUGUGGAGAACUUCAGCCAGUUUUGAUGCUUGUCAUGCUGUGUUUCACUGUGCCAUACCUUGUCAUGCAGUGUGUUUGAUGAAUUUAGAACUUAACCUUCAUGUCAAAGAGCAGCAGCACAGUGGCUGUGUUCAGUGACAACGAAAGAUACAUUGUAUGGUCGUGUCAACAGAAAGUGGGAAAAUGUUUUUGUGCAUAAAUACAAAUAUAAAAGCAGAG